UCUCUCCUGUGGAGCAGAGUGUCAGUAGUAGAGCUGCAGGUCUUUGAGAAGUUGGAGGAGAAGUGGUGGAGGAAGGAGAGAGAGAGCUGGGCUGUGGAGCUGUGUGUACGCUUUCUCCUGUGUGUGUGUGUGUGUGCGCGUGUGUUUCCAGAGCAGUGUGUGUAGCGGUGUGACUCGGACACCGGUCAUUCGCUGCGGCACAUUGGAGCGAGUUGGCGACCCUGAGAAGAAACCAUAUCUGGGCAAAGUAUUCAGCUGAGAGCGCGCGGGAGGGAGCGCUGGGGCUAUAUAUAGACCAGAUCAUCAGUGUGUGAGGUCCUGAGGGUCGGAGGGGGACUCUAGCUGCCUGGGUUUUGGUGCCAGCCCCUCCUUCCUUUCCUUUCCUCUUUUUUUUUUUUUUUUUUUUUUUUUUUUUUCCCCCCUUUCUUUUUUCAUCCUCCUCCUUCCCUCCCACACCCCACCCCGUUCAUCAUGUCGUUCCGUAAGGAGAUGGAGAAGUAUCGGGAUGUGGAUGAAGACGAGCUGCUCCAGAAACUCAGUGAGGAAGAACUGAGGAGGCUGGAGGACGAGCUGGAGGAGCUCGACCCUGACAAUGCUCUGUUGCCCGCGGGUCUGAGGCAGAGGGACCAGACCAAAAAAGCUCCGACUGGAACAUUUCACAGGGACAACCUGCUGGCACACCUGGAGAAACAGGCCAAAGAGCAUCCAGACAGGGAUGACCUGGUGCCCUACACGGGCGAGAAGAGAGGAAAGCCUUGGAUACCAAAGACGAAGGUUGUGGAUCCGAUUCUGGAGGACGUCACCCUCGAGCCGGAGCUGGAAGAGGCCUUGGCUAACGCUACUGAUGCUGAACUCUGUGAUAUAGCAGCUAUCCUGGGUAUGCACACUCUGAUGAGUAAUCAGCAGUAUUAUGAAGCCCUCGCCAGCAGUACCAUCGUUAACAAACAGGGCUUAAACAGUGUGAUCCAGUGUACGCAGUAUAAGCCGGUUCCAGACGAGCAGCCCAAUGACACUGAUGUGGAGGAGACACUCCUGAGGAUUAAACACAAUGACCCUGACCUCGUGGAGGUCAACCUCAACAACAUUAGGAAUAUUCCCAUUGCCACACUGAAAGCCUACGCAGAGGCCCUGAAAAACAACACAGUGGUGGAACGCCUGAGUAUCGUGGGAACACGAAGCAAUGAUCCUGUAGCCCAUGCGUUAGCAGACAUGCUGCACGUGAACACCGCUCUGAGGAGCCUGAACGUUGAGUCAAAUUUUAUCACUGGUGCUGGAAUAAUUGCUCUGGUAGAUGCGCUGCAGCACAACAGCACCCUGCAGGAGCUCAAAAUCGACAACCAGAGUCAGCCCCUGGGUAAUAAGGUGGAGAUGGAGAUAGCCAGCAUGUUGGAGAAGAACAGCACUCUGCUGAAGUUUGGAUACCACUUCACCCAGCAGGGCCCACGCCUACGCUGCUCCAACGCCAUGAUGAACAACAACGACCUGGUGCGUGUAGUUCGGACAGACUCAGACGGAGCCAUCACCUUCACCCUGUCCGUCCCCGAGCUGGAGAGAGCCUUCUGUAAAAAGUUCAAGUUCUCCUCUAAACCCAAUAAGAAAGAGAAGGCUUGAAAGCGGUCCCAUCUUCCCUAAAUGUCGGACAAAUGUGUAGCAGUGGCGGCAGCAGCAGCAGCAACGGCGCCCUCUUGUGGCCUGGAGGUCUGCGGCAGCCUACGUCUCUUAUUUCUAGCCUUUUUUUUUCCUCUUAGAUUUGUAAUGCUGGUUUUUUCGUAGUGUCCUCUUGUCUCACUGUGCACCACUGCGGAGAUCCCUACACAACACAGUCUGUCCUUUAUGGCCUGAAUAUCGAAUGUAACCUCAGAAAAAAUUCUGCUGUUAGUUGAAGAUACAGGAAGGAGGAAGGAUUUUGCUAUAAUAUAUAAAUAUUUUAGAGUGAAAGACAUUUUGAUAGAAUCUGCAGCGGAGCUCGGAGACGUCGAACAGUAAUGAGCCUGAGAUUGUCGAGACUGCCAUGUUGAAGGCGGUUUACCACAGCGUUCUCUUCUGUCGACUGCUACUGUAAAUAAUUAGAUUUCUUUUGGAUAUUAUGGUUGAUUGUGGUUCUGAUGUCCGUGAUCAGAUGAUUCCUGAACCAGCAAAGGAAGCCUGUCAGAGAUUCGCAGGCAAACACGAGUGCAUUCACAAGUACACUUACUUGGGCCGCUAUGCUUGUGAGGAAUGUUCUGGUACUGUGGGGGAAACUUUACCCUGAAGAAAUUAGCUUUGUUGUACUUCAGAGCGUUCCUCACAGUUAUAGCACUACAGCUACACAUGCAUAUUAGGGGUGUAGUAGUGCAAUGUGUUGUUGUAUCGUGGCUAAUACACCAGGCUAAGAGGUGAAUUAGUGGGGUAGUUGGUAAGCUAAGCUUUCUCACGUCCCCCCAGAUUUGAUUGUUUUCGGUCCAUCGCAAAGCACAGCUUCCAAAUAUUGAAUAUACUAAUAAACUGAAAAGGGAUACAUUGUCCCUUAAAGGCAGCCACAAAAUUUAGAUAUUUCUUCCACUCUUUUCUGUUAAUAACGUGCAGACUGGGGUUCAAUACACUACACCAAUAGGAGUCCUUGGGCUAGACUCCUAAUGCUGCCUUCACCUACUGUAAAAUGGUCGACUCUAAAUAAGAGUGUCUGCCGAAUGGCGCAAAUGUAAAAAAACACAAACAGGAAUGUCAGUCACAAAUUGCACUCGCACACUUACAUAGUGCAUCUAACCCGGCGCACACACCGGCAACAACGCGACAAAGCAGCCGGAGGUCAUUCAUUUUCAAUGAGAGCUGGCGAUUUCCCGCGACAGGACGCGGUGCGAACGUUGGCGACGCGAAGUGGGUGGAGUCAGCGACGUGCCAAAGUUGAGUGGGGUUUAACUUUAUGUAAAUAAAGAGUGAAGCGACGUGGCGAUUACCAAUAGAAAGCUUCAUCUCCGCCUCUGUGAAACGAUGCACUCCAUUUUUGGUUCCUUGAUAAUCGUUCCUACCACAGGUGCUAGGAAUGGCGCCGCCGCAGAGAGACUUCAGUACUGACUGCGCAGACACUGGAGUACAGGCAUUUCUAGCGGGAGUUCAUCCGAUUUGUGCUUGGCGGCAGUGAAACCAUGGCAACCAGCAGUCCGCUGUAGUUCAGAAACGCCCACAGGCGAUGAAUGACCACCCUCUGUACAGUGAUGGGAAACACGGUAGCAUGCAGAAAGCUGCGGUUCUACUUGCUAAAACGAUUCUACGGUUGCCAGCAGCGCAUAACCGGUACCGGACCCGCCACGUUUCUAUGUAAACAUAGCGUACAGCACAUCAUCGCAUCAUACGCAAUUGAGUUUUGUGGAUUGUUACGCCCCUAAUACUCAAACACACGUACAUGCACUAGAAUGUACUGAAGGUUUGUCCUGUUGUAACAUGAUGAACGUGGUGUUGGGAUUAGUUAUAAAGCCUUUUACCUGCGUAUGGAGUCACUUCAGUUUUGUUUGAAGACGUGACGUAGGCACAGUAUUGCACAUCUACACUGUAUUUCUGCAUUUACACUUAUUUAAGCGCUUUUGGUGUUUCAGUGUGCCGUUCCUUAUUCGCUCUUUCCUUCAGUCUUCUCUCUCUCUGUGUGUCUCUCUCUCUCAGGUAUAAGCUCAUACCGUAAUAUUGUAAGUAGUAAUGUGCUGAAGUAAAUCCUUGUUAAAUGCACUCGCCGGGAGGUGUGGGUUGUUUCAGAACAGACUUAGGAAUAAUUCCAGGUUUUCCACCUCCCCUCGGUCGUCUGUGUUCUAUCGAUUACCGAAGAUGGUCAUUUUCGAGUUCAAUUCCGAGUACAACUUGUCAGUCAAAUUGUAUUUGAAUACUAGUGGCCACUGUGUUGCUCUCUGACAAACAGCUUGAGCUCAAAUAAACAAACAUUACUCGCCGCCCCAGUGUAAAAGUGUAGCAACAGUCGGGCAUCCCCAUGGCGUAAGUUCUCUGCCUUUUGUUUAUGUUUGGCUUGGCCCAAAUCAUAACUCACCCAAUGAAGUUUAGCUCAACUAAGUAAUUAUGAGGCCUACAGAAAAACCUGACGAUUGAAACUCUCUUAUAAUAGAAGCUAAUGGGCCGUUGCUGAAUUCUCUCAACAAGUCGAUUGAAAAGCGUCUCCAAAUAACCAGUUUAAACUACACCCGUUCAAGUGUCUUAGGAAAGCUGGUCUUUGGAAGUUUCAUCCAACUUUCCUACACUGGAGCAACUAAGUAAGAAAGUAGUUCUGACCCCAGGAGAGACCACACAAGUGGUCCAGUUUCUGAGUAAAAACCAGUAGAAUGUUUACCUGGAGUGAGUCAACUGGGCACGACUGGUCUCUACAGGAAUUUCCACACCUGUCGGCAUCACUAGGAGGGUUCUGCUGGUUUGAGUCAUUGUGUUUCAGCUGGAAGCAAUAGGGUUUUCCAGUUGGCUUUCUACUGGGGCUCCUUUCACUUUACCUAGGGUUUUCCUGAUAUCCUUGGAGAUCAGGCAGACCCUGUGAAGACUCCGCCCUCACGACUACGCUGGUUAUGAAUGGCCAGAAAUUCUUCCCUCUGGAACCCCAGUUCCACCUCUGAAAGAACCAUGUACACAGGUUCCUUUACAUAUAACUUUGAGUGAAGUCUCACACAGAAAAUUUAGUUCAAAGAAUUCAGCAGUUGCCUGUUGGCUUCUGCAGUGAUUUUCAGGGAUGAACUGGUUGUCUGCGGUAAAGGACAGUAAACUACAGGCAAGACGAUGAUCAGGUUGAGAACAGCGGUAUUCCACUGGCACAGGCACACGGAGUGGUUAGCUUUGCAUGGUUUGCUGGGUGAGUAGUUCAAACUCAGGCUAUACUCCACUGUACUCAGUCGGCAUCCAGUCCUCUCGCCAGUGCUCCACUUUACUCUGCCAUACUCCAUCCCGGCUUUGCUAUACUGCUUGAAGGCGUUUGUCCAUCAGGCAGUGCAGCUUGGCAAAGUACGGUUACUAAUCCAAACCCAGAACCCUGCUUGAGUCCAGUUUCCAUACAAAGUCUUGGCAGUCUUGGGUAUCUACUUGAGGUUGGCCAACUCGCCUACUCUACCAAUCCUGCAGUCUCUCUCGAGGAUUUAGUGCUUCGUCCAUUUUGGGUUAUCAGUGCUGCUACACAAAGCCCCGUCCCUUUAGAGGGCAGUAGCACCAAAGCAGUGGCGUCGAGGGUCAAGCGCACACGUUAGCGCACACAAGUUAUGCAUUUCGAAUUCCAGCAAAUUUUAAAAAUUAAAUUGAUGGAAAUCCACUCACAACUACACUCGACCAAUCGGUGGUCUACACCGUCUGUAGCUUCGCUCACAAGUCCAGUCUCAGUACCCUUGGUACUGCGAUAGACAGGGUAACCAAACUCAACACAGGGACUCAAACCUUAUGGGUCACCCGGCAUCAGAAAUGAGGAAACACUGCGUGAUUAGGAACCGUCCCUUGCCUUACUGCACUGUCCGGUGGAAAGCCCAAAUCAUACGCAUGUUUCUGUUCUGAAUGAUUCUCGGUCGUACUCCACUGCAGCACCGCACUGGGCCGUGAUGUUCUCUCCUCAGUCAGCCGUUAGUGUGGAGAAGGACACAGGAUACAGGGCAACGACUCCCAGGGUCGCUGUUUAUCUCUCAUCGUACGGUCGUGGUAGUUCACUUUACUGAUGUUGGUUUUUUUUUGUUGUUGUUGUUUUUGUUUUUUGGUUAAUAAAGAUUGGAAUUAAAGUGUGUA